AUGGACUUCACAGUUCUUCCCCAAACUUGUAGUCCUGAUUUAACGCUUUUCACACGUCUAGAUAAAUCGAAAGAAAUUACCGUCAAUGAAGUCGUCGAAGCAAUUGGUUUCGGAAAAUUCCAACUCAAAUGCCUUGGAAUAAUGGGAUUUAUAUGGAUGAUUGAAUCCAUGGAAAUCACGAUGCUGUCAUUACUAGGACCCCUCCUUGUUUGUGAAUGGGGCAUUUCCAGUAUACAAGAAGCGCUCUUAACAAGUAUUGUCUUUCUUGGCUACGCUAUUGGUUCACCUUGCUUUGGUUGGGUGAGCGAUCAUUAUGGCAGAAAAGUGGGUCUUACUAUAGCGGUUAUAUGCACGUCCUAUUUUGGAUUAAUAUCAGCUGCCGCUGGUGGCCUCGUUAUGACACUACUGUUAAGAUCCCUUGCUGGUAUUGGUGUUGGUGGAAUCGCGCAAUGUGUUACAAUGCUAACUGAGUUAGUGCCAUCCAAGACUAGAGCUAAAUCAAUCAUAUCGCUGCAGGUAUUUGUAUUUAUUGGCAUGUCUUUUGAAGGUUUAUUAGCUUAUCUACUUCUUGUCCCGCUGGGUUGGCGCAUGCUUCUAGUGAUUUCAACAGUCCCUUUGCUUGCUUUCUUACUACUUAGUCCGAGGCUUGUAGAGUCUCCUCGGUUUUUACUUUUAACUGGUAAACGAAAAGAAGCUACUGAUAUAUUAGAAAAAGGUGCAAAGGCUAAUAAUAAGAGCAUACCAGAGGGUAUCUUAGUUGCCGAUCUAGAGACCGACCGAGGACGAUUUAAGGAUUUAUUCAGUCCUUCUUAUAGAACUCUUACUUUUAUGCUAUGGUGGAUUUGGAUAGCAAGUGUUACGCUGUAUUAUAGCACGAUCCUCAUGACUCCAGCUACCUAUUCCUUUGCUUCAUUAGGCCACGGUGAUGGAAAUGAAAUCGUUCACUGUCGUUGUAAGCAAGUUACUAACAGUGAUAUAGUAGCUAUUAUCAUAGCAAGCAUUGGAGAAUUAUUAGGUAUUUUCGUAGCGUUUCUUCUCAUUGAUCGACUUGGACGUAAAAGGACGCUUGCUUUUGGAUUUAUCCUUGCGAUGUUGUCUUAUCUUUUAUUAAUAAUAUGCGCAGACAGGUGCUUAAUAAACGUUCAUUUUUUUAUAGCUUUUAUCAGUAUCGUAUAUCUUCUUUGUUAUGUUUAUUCUCCUGAGGUUUAUCCCACAAAGUUCAGAGCAGUUGGAAUUGGCACCGCUAAUGCUGUCGGACGAAUAGGAGCAAUUUUAUCACCGUUUAUAGCUCAGGUACUAUUUUCGGCAUCUGAUAUUUUAGCUCUUGCAGUAGCUGCUGGUUUUGCAUUGGUUGGUGCAAUAUGUAGCCUAUUCCUGCCUUUAGAAACAAAAGGCCGUUUACUUCAGGUCAGCAAUAACGUAAAUUUUAAUCUCUCAGAAAUGAAUAUUAUUUUCCAAAUCGAAUGA